AUUUUGGACUGAGAUAGGGAAUAUCAAUAUGAGAACUCAAUAUCAAAUGCUAACUAAGCAGUAUCCCGAUGCUUUUUUUUUACCACAAGAUCUUUCAAAUAUUAUCCAAACCUUCAAACGGCAAAAUUACGUCGAAUGUGAGACAGCCACCUUAAUUAAUAAUCUCUUUGAUUGUAAAGCUAAAGACAAUAGGUGGAUUGUAAAUUGGAAG